AAUUACAGUGAUUUUCCAACAGGCGGUAGAGGAUAAACUCAUUAAUGAGAAACGUCUAUUUACAACUGACCCAGUGGAUUCUUGUCUGAAGAAAGGUAUUCCCCACAUAUUAAAAAAGAUUCAAGGAAAAACACCGUGGCGAGCCAAGUUUUAUUAUACAGAAGAGAACUUCACUCUGCCGCAGCUACUUGUGAGAGCGUGUGCAGUAGGUGCCACCAUGACUGCAUGGUUUGUGUUGCAGGCAGGCGGCAGCACCAACACUAAGGACAGUAGCGGCACCACAGCCCUUCAUGCCGCCGUGCAAGCAGGAAAAUUCGACACUGCACGUGCGCUUGUCAACGACAUGAAAGCAAACCUUUUUCUGGCUGAUGAUGCAGGUCGACGGCCCAUCGACAUCCUCCCACCGCUGGAAAGACAACUUCUAAUGCAGAACUGUGUAGCGAGAGAAUAUCGUUGUUUGGACAACCUGCAGAUGAAAAUGAAAAAUAAAUCUCAGCAAGAAGAGUUAAGGAACUUAAUUUUACUGUUUAUUGUUCUCUUCCUUAUACAUGAAGCAAAGGACCCAAAGUUACUCUGGAAACCCAUAUUCAGUUGUCUGGUAAAUGAUUCAAAACCUAAUGUUUCUUCAUCAAAUCAUCAUGACUGGCUUGACAAUGUGGCCCGUAAAUUAGAUACUUCAUAUAGGCGAUCCUCUGAUGAAGAUAUAUUCAUAGAAUUUGUAGAUGUUUUGAAGAAAUACUUUCAGUCUUCAAAGAUCGAAAAAUUCAGUGAUCAAUCUUUUGAUCACAUUGACAGUUUAACUAGAAAAGCUCUUAUCUUGUGCAGUGAAGAAAACUUUCCUGUUUUCAUGCAUCUCAUAGUGAGUGUCGCAUAUGUGGACGGCAACAGUGAAGUUAAUUGUGUGUGUCAGACGAAGCCGCUGCAUCACGCUGCAGCAAGGAACAACAUGUCUGCCGUAACCUACCUUCUCAACUUGGGAGCAUCUUGCACUGUCAAGGACAAGUGUGGCAAUACUCCAGCACACUAUGCCUACAUGAUGGGCCACCGAACAAUGGGGGAAUUCCUAAACGUACAAGAGGUUCAGAAGGAAAAGAAUAUCAUGGGUCGCUCUCCUGAAUCUGUUUGGGAAGAUUUCAAAACCUACAUGAGCCAGUAUAAGUUAAAUAUUGAGAAAUGUCAUACAAACAAGUUACAAGAGCAAAACACGGAGGAAAUGUUAAUAAAACUUCAUUUUGAACACCUCAAAGAAAUAUGGCAAAGCAAAGGAAUACAUGAAACAGUGAAAGAAGCUCACGUAAACUUUACAGAGGGAGAAACUAGGGAGGUUAAACAAGCCGUUCAGCAACUGUUGACGGAGAUCCACAAUGAAGUAGUUAAGAGAAAUACGUUGUUCGAAGGUGAACUACAAUUACUUGGCAGCUCCUCAGACAAUGUUCGUCUUUACUGUCCAGACGAAUAUGAUGUAAACAUUACACUGAAGAGAAUAAGUUGUCUUUCUGAUGGAGAUUUUUCUUUAAAACUAGAAGACUCAAAUGAGAAAUAUUCUUUAAGAAAUAUCAUUGUAUCUGCCAAUAACGAGGGUAAGAAAUACCUGAUUCACAGUUCAUAUAUACAAGACACAUUUUAUAAUGAGGUAAAACAAUGUCUCAUUAAUAUGAAUUUUGAGAAUAAACAACUUGCCCCCGUCUUACCGGGUUUGAAGAAAACACAGGUAGGCGUUGGUUUAAGUUUAACGUGGUCAGGCAGGCAAUACCCACUUUUGUUGGUGGAUAUCGACAUUGUUCUCACUAUACCAGCAAAGUGGCCAGAUAAUCUCUCAAAACCAAAGCUCUUAAGCCCAAAUAUCAACAAUGUGUUUCUCAGCUCAAUUGGAGAGAAUGAAUGGAGAUUUUCUUUCGCUAUUGCUGAGAAUCAUAUCAUGAAAACGCUGCCAGAGGACCAUCGCCUGGUAUUUCUGGCCUGCAAGAUGGUGUUGGCUUCCCUCAAGGUGGAAGGCUGGGUACCAAGACAGAUAAAAAAACAGUUUACUUACUGGGAUGCUAGACAAUUCCGUAUUAAGCCUCCUGGUGGGUUUUCACUCAAAAAUGCAUUUUUCCUGGAACUGGAAGAAACAAUAAAGAACCUUAGUUGGAGAAAAAAACCUCUGCUGGAAAAGAUCCAGUCCGUGUUCCAGCGGAUGUGUAUACAAGAUAACAAUACGGUUCGUGAUGGUCGUAUAGCAGCAUAUUUUGGAGGUGAUACAGAGAAGUCUCCACUUUGUUCUGGAGCUGCUGUGAUAUAUUCUUUCCUCGAAACCUUCAAAGAAAUUUCUAAGAACAAUAAAGAAUCGAUAAAAUACGAAAUUUAAGGCGAAGAAAUGUGCUUCUCUUCACUACCAUUCUAUAGUUCGUAGAAUUAAAGUUUUGACAUUUUGUAAGAGAGAAUAUGAUGAUUUAUUACAGAAAUUUAUUUCAACUUAUUUGUAUCUAUUAAGUUCUUCUAAAAAUUGUUAAUAUUAAUAAACAUUUUAUCAAAA